GUAAACUUCGGGAGGAAGGAUCUGCGUCUGUUUGGAAAAGCGGCUGUGCGCGCGACGCGCCAGGCAGAGGAGACGCGCGAGGGAGGGGAGCACGCGGCGCAGCGGCGACGGAGCAGACAGCGAGCGGCAAACUGAGCCUACGAGCCAGACGCGUCGAUGAGAGACGGGCGAUAAGACGCUCCGUGGGACGAGACGAGCGCAGGCGGACAUUUGCGCACAGCGGAUCGCACUCAGCUCCAAGGUGAACUUUUACGCGCGGACCUCUGGAGUUACAGCGCUUCACUAAUGACCAGAAUGGUGCAUUGGACCAGAAGAGGCUCGUGAUCUGCUCGUUUCUGGCUGGAAUUAACGAGCACUUCCACCACUUUGACGGUUUUGACUCCUGACACUUUGAGAGAUUUGGAGGCGCAGCGCGGACGUCCCGCCGCCGCCGCCGCCGCCGCUGCCGCGGCUGGAGCCGUGUUCUCGCCGUCCUCCUCGGUCGCACCCCACGUCGCACACCUGCCCUCGUGGCCCACGCCCCGCGCGUCCGCCCGUGACUCCUGGACGCAGCCCGGACGGAGCCAGACGUCUCGCGUGCGUGAGUCAGCGUGAGCGUGCGGGCGGACGGUGCGGUGACGCACCGGGGGAUCUCUGUCGUCCGGUCGGCGCGCGGCACCGGGGGAUUGGCGACCAGGAGCUAAAUGCCCGGCCGGUCGCUCGCGGCUCCUCAGGCUGGGCGGCAACAUGAGGUCCUGGGUGCUGCUGCUGCUCGUGGCGGCGUUCACAGCGGCCCGUCUGCGUCUGGGCAGCGCUGAGAGCGAACCUCUCCCUCCGUCGCUGGUCGACCUGGUGAGGAACUCUCCCAUCUCCUCCGUGGACGAGCUGAAGCUGCUGCUGCAGCAGGAGACCAACGCAGUAGUAGAAGAGGAAGAAGACGAGCACGAUAUUCACUCAAACAUCACCCACGGCCGCUUCGCUCGGAGCCUCGUGGAGGCCCAGCCCGCCCAGCAGGCGGCCUGUAAGGUCCGCACCGAGGUGAUGGAGGUGACCAGGUCCAUGCUGGACCGCCGCAACGCCAACUUCAUGCUGUGGCCGCCCUGUGUGGAGGUGCAGAGGUGCUCCGGCUGCUGCAACACGAGGCUGCUGCAGUGCGUCGCCACGGUGACGGCCAGUAGAUACCUGCAGGUGAUAAAGAUCCAGUACAUAAACAGGAAAGCCCACUACGACAAAGCCAUCAUCUCCGUGGAAGACCACGUCAGCUGUAGGUGUCAAGCAGCCUCAUCUUCCUCUCCCUCCUCCUCCUCCUCAUCUCUCCCCAUCACUCACUCCUCCAUUCAGAGCAACCCCAACCCCCCUGUGGCUCCACCACAGCACACGCCCUCGUCGCCCCACCUUCCUCUCCCUCGCCCCGCUCCGCCCGCUCCGCCCAAGCCUCCCACCUCCAAGGCCGACCUUCAUCGACACGAUGACUUGAAGCACAACCAGCAGCACGAGCCGGUGUCCAGGCAGUGGCAGCAGGGCAGCUACACCCAGCUGGUGCACUGGACGCAGCCCAGGCCGCACCCAGCGACCACGCAUGUGCAGUCAGGGGGGUUCGGCUCCAUUAGCAGCUGGCCAUCGGAGGCCAGGGCGGCGCAUAGCAUCAUGGGAAGCCCCCAGCAGGUCGGGCAUGGGAGCGGGUUUGAUGGGAGCAGAGAGGAGAAGAGCAGCCGGGAGGUGCAUCACCCGGACCACGCUCAGCGGCAGCAGCAGUUGUUGCAGCAUCAGCAGAGGCAGCGCUAUCACGGAGGAGCAGAGGGCCGAGAGCUGAGGACCCAGUACCAGCUCAGCGCGCCUCAGGCAGACAGCGCCUCCCCCGCUGGCAGCCCAACCCAGCAGCCCCAACCACAGCCGAACCCCAGCGAACAGAAAGACUCUGUGACCAGCCACAGACAGACCGAGCUGGUCAGUCACAAAGCGGCGGCCGAGGGGGAGGAGAGCGGGUCCGCCGGCAGCAGGGGGUCGGCCGGGGGGGAGCCGGUCAGUGGGGGGAGGGAAACGGACUCUAAACUCACCUGUGGUGACGGUCAAUUGAGCGACGAGGAGAGGAGGCAGAAACUCCUGCAGAUGGUACAGAGGGAGCCAGACACGCGCCUCCACCCGCGUCAUCGGCAGCAAAGGCCGAAGCCGACCGCCUUCGAAACAGCCGCCUCCACGGUGGGUCCCCUCUCCCCGUCAGCCCAUAAGGCCCCGUUUCACCCGGCGUCGCCUCGUCGCAGGAGGAAGCACCGCAGACGCAUCAGCAAAGCAGCCAUGAGAGCCAUGAUCAUGUAGAGCUGCAGGAAACUACAGCAAACUAAAAGCUUUCGGCCCAGACUGGACUCCAGAGGACAGAGAAACGAGGAAGAUGGAUUCCUGACGGCUGCUGUGGCAUCAAACACAGCUUCAGAGAACGCCGUCCCUCCUGCUUCUCAGCUGCCGCAGGACGUGCAGCUUCGCAGAUUUAAUCAAAGUGCAAUGUUACAGACUCUUUGGACUGGAGAGGUUUUGUCACACUAAACACUGGAUGUAGUUCGCUUGAAUCCCGUGAACUUCGAUCGAUAGACGCUUAUCAGACGGCCAAAGCCAGACUGCUGCUCUGUUGUUGCAGUUAUUAGCCAUUGAUUGGCUGCUGACUUUUGACUUCUAGCUUAACUACUGAUUGUUCAGCAAACGGGGAUUCUGACCACAUCCUGGACUUUCAUCGGUCAUUAUUCUGGCUAAACGUGGAGCUGAAGUAGAAACUGUAAAUGUGCAGAACUGGAUUUCUACACUGGGACGAGAACUGGAAACUGGAGAACGCGACUGAGUCCUCAAACAUCAUGCCAAGCAUUACUGUUGUCCUGCGAUGUUGGAGCUAACUUUAACACUGGAGUAGCCUCACACUGAUCACACUGCAUCCACUUUAGAGAAGUGCUCCGCUGUGUACUGUCACUAAAUGUACCGAUAACCUGCUCUUUUUGUACUACGUCCAGAUCAGAAACAACCAAAUGCCUGCCUAGAUAACGAGCUAUGAAUACCCACAGCAAAGCGUCUGGCUUCUAGAGAUCGCUAAGUCAGUUAUAGCCAAUGUAUGUAACAUGCUUCUAGAAAACCAUGAUGGAGAAGAAAAGACAAAGUUUAUUUCUUAACUUAUUUAAAAAUGAAGUUCUCAAGUGUAAUUGUUGCAAACAUGUUUCAGAAUAUUAUUGGUUGUACAACUUACUGUUAUGAAUGUUAUUUUUAAUAUAAAAUAAAAAUGUAAGACAAA